AUGGCGAAGCCGGUGACGUCUUGUAGCUGGCGAGCUGCCGGUGAAGAGGCGGCUGAUCGGAUCAUAGCCCCUGGACACACUGCCAGUGACAAGCAUCGGGGUCAAAAAGCGCAGAGGCGUGCGAGCCAGCGAACGAUCGAUCCCAAGUCUGUUAUUCCUAUUGAAUAUCGGAGCCUGUAUCUUCCUUCGAAAUCGAAGACGAAGGUGACAGAAAGCGGCGGGUCAAACGCCAAUGAGACAAAGAAAAAAAUGGCAGAUGAAUGGCAAAAUACCGAUUGGCAUACACUUGCUGCUGCGGAGGUCCAGAAAUGCCUUAACGUCGAUGCAUCAACGGGUCUCACCGAAGACUCGGCGAAAGAGCGACUGCAGAAGCAUGGUCCGAACAAAAUUGCACCGUUGCCAAAUCCCUGGUUCUGGAAGAUCCUCGGCUACUUUUUCAAAGGGUUCGGAUCAAUGCUGCUCAUCGGUGGAAUCUUGGUCUUUAUAUCAUGGAAGCCCUUGGGCCAGCCACCUGCGGUUGCAAAUCUGACUUUGAGCAUUGUCCUGAUUGCGGUCUUCGUCAUCCAAGCGGUGUUCAAUACCUGGCAGGAUUAUUCGUCCUCCCGUGUGAUGGCCUCAAUCACAGCCAUGCUGCCAGAAUUAUGUCUGCUUCUUCGCAGUGGUGCGCGAGUAGAGGUCUCCGCUACACUCGAACGAUGCUCCCAAGUCUUGUGCCCUGAUGGUGAAGUUAGAUCCCUGAGCAAGGACGAUCUAGCAGCGAUAAAAAUCUUGAAAGAUCAAUGGUCUUCUAAGGGCAAACGUGUGAUUCUACUUGCACGGAAGCUUCUCGCCAAGGACAGCAUACUGGCUAAGCCUACUUCCUCGGACUUUGAGUCCCAUAUGCUCCACGAAGCUGGGAAAGGUCUGACAUUGGUCGGCUUGGUUGGCUUGAUUGACCCACCACGGGCUGAAAUCCCAGAGGUCAUUCGAAUUUUCUGCGUCAGGCCCAAAUACGAGUCUUUGUGGUUUGUCACCGGCGAUUUUGGAUUGACAGCACUGGCUAUUUCCCGUCAGUGCGGCAUUGUUACCACCGAUUCGGUACACGAUGCAUCAGCUCUUCGGAAAUGUCCGACUACAAGCAAAAAGCACGUCGAUGCAUCCCGCUCCGCUUUGCUUGUUAGUGGUCCGGACUUGAUGACUCCGAACGAAGAUCAAUGGGGUCAGUUGUGCAAAAAAUAUCCUGAGAUUGUGUUCUCUCGCACUACUCCGAAUCAGAAGCUACAAAUUGUUCGUGAGAUCCAGUCGAGGGAAGAAAUUGUCGGCAUGACAGGAGACGGUGUCAAUGAUGCCCCUGCCCUCAAAGCGGCCGAUAUUGGCAUCAGUCUCACCAGCGGCUCAGACAUCGCUAUUGAGGCUGCUGACAUGGUCCUGCUCGAUUCUUUCGGAGGAAUUGUUGAAGCCGUUCGAUACGGGCGUGUGGUUUUCGACAAUCUCAAGAAGACAGUCGCCUAUCUUCUGCCAGCGGGUUCAUGGUCCGAGUUCUGGCCCCUGUUUUGCAAUCUGGUCUUCGGGAUCCCUCAAAUCCUGUCAUCUUUCCUGAUGAUCAUCAUUUGUUGUUUUACAGAUUGUGCCGCUGCCGUGGCCCUAGCAUACGAGGUCCCGGAGGCAGACGUGCUCUUCCGCGCGCCUCGGCAUCCAACCAAAAAUCGACUGGUCGACUGGAAGCUCCUAUUUCAUUCAUAUGCGCUAGUCGGCAUGAUCGAGACAGCUCUUUCAUUUACCAUGGCCUUAUGGUACCUACAGAGGUGCGGAAUUCACUUCUCUGAGCUGUGCUUCAAAUUCGCCAAAGUCAAUGAAGCAAGCUCGAUCUACUUCAUCAAUCUCGUCAUCAUGCAAUGGUUCAACCUGAUGGCAGUUCGCACGCGUUCUCUUUCGAUUUUCCAGCAUCCUCCAGCAUUCAACAAGCUGACACAGAACCUGUAUCUGUUCCCUGCCAUUGCAUUCGCGCUUGGAAUUUCCGUCAUUUGGCUCUAUAUUCCUAGCCUGCAGGUGGUCCUUGAUACCUCGGGUAUUCCUGCUGAGCACUAUUUCCUCCCCGCUGCUCUGGGCCUGGGACUCUUGUGUCCGGAUAAAGGAAGUAAAGCCGCUGUUUGA